GCCCAGCCAGAAUUCGAGCACACGGGCACCUCUUCAGCCUCAGAUGCGCUGGAACCCUCGCAGACGGCGCCCAGGCAGCAGCAGCAGCAGCAGCAGCAGCAGCAGCAAUCUGAGGAGUUUGCCCAGCAGGCACAAGAGGUCGCAACUUUGGGUGCAGUCGGUAGCACAGAUCCGCAGCGGGCAUCUGGACAGCAGCGGCCAGAGGAGUGCGCCCAGCCCGCGGGAGCGGACGAGAGCUUGGACGAGAGUUUGGACGCUUUCGCCCAGACACCCGAGAAGCAAGACUUGCCACAGCAGCGGCCAGAGGAGCCUCCCCAGCCGCCAGCAGCGGCGGCGAGCCUGGGCGAGGCGCCCGAGCAGCACGAGCAGCAGCAGUCAGAGAGGAACCAGCCGAGCUCCCCCGCGUCGAGCUCCUUGCCGGGCUCCCCUGCCGAGCUCGUCCGCCCAGCUUCCCCUGCACGGAGCUCCCCUGCAUCAGAGAGGAGUCCGCCGAGCCCAACCGCCGAGCUCCCCCAGGCGCCUGCGCCGAGCCACGAUGCCGCGCUCGACGACUGGCAGGUCGGGCAGCACGUCCACAUAUAG